CUUUUACUGACAGUAACUUCAAGCCCUAGGCCGAGCUGUAUAAACCACGAGCUACUUAGCUUCGCAUACGAUAGAGCUUCAGUUUGCAUCUGGUUCGAAUGCUUUUUUCGAGGGUUUCAGCUUAGAUCGAAAGCCAAUAUAGCAUCGGACCGACGGCUCCCUGGCUUGGACAGUGCUUGUCUACCCCAAAUCUCGACCCUAGCCACCAAGAACAACCCCGCCUAUUGCCAUUGGGUGUGCCGCAAUUACCUUCUCAGUCGUCGCAAUGUCGCAGAGGGGCGCAAGGCUACGAAAAUGGUCGGACAAGUUGGCCGUGGAAGCGGAGCCGGGUCUGACCACCGGGCAGUUGAUGUUGACAAACCAUGAUCUCAAACCCGUCGAGCCAGAAAGGCGCCAAUGGGGCCCCUGGAACUUUGUCGGUUUCUGGAUCGCCGACAGUUUCAACAUCAACACGUGGAUGAUUUCUUCGUCCAUGGUGUAUAACGGCCUUUCAUGGUGGCAAUCUUGGCUGUGUGUUUGGAUAGGAUAUACCAUCGCGGGAUGUUUCAUCGUCCUCACCGGUCGCAUCGGUGCCACUUACCACAUCGGUUUCCCCGUCGUUGCGCGAUCCUCAUUCGGUAUCUGGGGAAACCUCUGGCCCGUCUUCAACCGCGCCGCCAUGGCGUGCAUCUGGUAUGGCGUGCAGUCAUAUAUCGGUGGCAGAUGUGUCUACAUCAUGAUCCGAUCCAUGUCGUUAAACUGGGAUCGCGAUAGAAUCCCCAACACUUUUGCGGAGGGCUCCGGCACCACAACUGCCGACUACGCCUCAUUCUUCAUAUUCUGGCUGGUAUCCCUACCCGCCAUCUGGUUUCCCGUUCACAAGAUUCGGCAUCUGUUCACGGUCAAGGCCUACUUUGUUCCCGUCGCUGCCAUCGCCUUCCUCAUCUGGGCCGUCGUCAGGGCCGGCGGCGUGGGACCGAUUGUGCAUCAGCCUGCUAAGAUACAGGGCAGCGAAUUGGCCUGGGAGUUUGUCUUGGGUGUCAUGAGCAGCAUUUCAAACUUUGCGACCCUCAUCGUCAACGACCCCGACUUUACUCGAUUUGCAGCCAGGCCCAAGGACGCCCUCUGGUCGCAGCUUUUCACAAUCCCGGUGGGCUUCGCCGUUACGUCCUUUAUCGGAAUCAUCGUCUCUUCCGGAUCGGAAGUCAUCUACGGCGAGGCUGUUUGGGACCCCCUGAUGCUCCUCGAGAAGUUCAUUGACGAGGGCGGCCCGGCGCAGCGCUUUGGCACUUUUGUCAUUGGCCUGGCGUUUGCGCUCGCCCAGCUCGGCACCAACAUCGCCGCCAACUCCGUCAGUGCCGGCACAGACCUGACGGCCUUGAUGCCUCGAUACCUGAACAUCCGCCGUGGAGGAUACAUCUGCGCGGCUGUGGGUUUGGCCAUGUGCCCUUACACGCUGCUGACGGAUUCGAACCAGUUCACGACGUACCUCUCCAGCUACAGUGUAUUCCUGAGCUCGAUCGCCGGUGUGAUGAUCUGCGACUACUACUUCGUCCGCCGCGGCUACCUCGAGAUCAAGGAGCUGUACGACGCCCGCAAGACGGGGCCGUACUACUUCACGUGGGGUAUUCACUGGCGCGCCUACGCCGCCUACAUCGCCGGCAUCCUCAUCAACGUGGUCGGCUUCGCCGGCGCCAUCGGCCGCGACGUCCCCAUGGGCGCCACCUACAUCUACCGACUCAACUUCUUUGCCGGCUUCACCGUCUCCUCGCUUGUCUACUACCUCUGCUGUCGAUUCUCCCCCAUCCCGGCCACCAGCGACAGGUGGAUGGAGGUCGGGGACGAGAUCGACGACGUCACGGUCGCCUACAACGACAAUGCCAGUGGCGAAUAUGCCCGGCGCAACGGGAGCAACGACGGCGCGAGCGGUAGCCAGGACUACGAGGUCAAGAAGGACGUGUCCUCGGCCAACAGAACCGAGGUUGAUGGGAGGGUGGUGUAGGACGAUGGGCGUUUUUUGGUAUGUUUUUUUUUAAAAAUGAAGGGUUUAAUUCCCUUGCAUAAUAGCGUAUGUUUUCUUUCGCUUUUAUAGAUCAGGCUAUGUCGACACAACAUUGCGAUAGAAUGGCCUUGGAUUGUUGCCUGAAUGUUAUCAUGUUGAGACGAACUCUUUUUUUUUCGAAAUGAUCCGUUUCAAUUCUUUUCUU